CCCCAGCUGGUACAGUCUGCAGAAACAUAAUAAAUGAUUGUGACCUCCCAGAAUACUGUGAUGGAAUGUCCCAGUACUGUCCAGGAAAUUCUUUCAAGGCAGAUGGAACAGAAUGUCAAAACAGCAAUGGAUAUUGUUAUACAGGGCAGUGUCAAACAAAAGAUCAACAGUGCAAAAAUUUACAUGGGUCUGGUUCUGCUAGUGCAUCAGACAGCUGUUAUGAACGAUUAAAUAAACUCACCAAUACAUAUGGACAUUGUGGCAGGUUGGAUAACAACUUCAUUUCAUGUGAGAACAGGAGUGUUUUUUGUGGAAAACUCCAGUGUGAAACAGUGGGACCUUACAUAGAUACAAGUCCUUUUCCUAAUUCUGUUAUGAUUCCCGUACAAGAUGGAGUCUGCAUUGGAAUGAAUAGUUCAGAAGACUCUGAUAUGUUUGGAGAGGAUAUGGUUGAAGAUGGGACAAGAUGUGGAAUUGGAAAGUUUUUUGAGGUGCUGAUAGUAUUUGCUGUUUUAGGUGUUAUGCAGUAUGAUCGACAAACCUUCCAGCUUAAAAAUAAUGUGUGGUCUAUGACCACAAGAUCCUGA